GUGAUGUAUUCUCGGCGAACGACGCGGGUUUUGGUUUGUGUCAUGAAUGAACCACUUACUACAUUCUGUAAAGUUGGGAAGAGUAUCGUCGGUUUGGUUGGUUCGGGCUCGGCGUCGUGGCAUAGUUAAUUAUGCAGCCAUGCUUGCGAUGGCUUUAAGGGACAUUGAGGAGCAGCAGGAGCCAUGUCACUGUGCGCAUGAACGGCUGGUGCCAGCAUCGGUGUCUAUGUGUUCGUCGACUGUGCCCGACUGUGCGCGUCCGAUCGCUGUGGAUAUAUCAGUACGAUGUUUUCAGGAGCUCGCAUAUUUAUUGUGCCUACAGGCAUUGGGGGCCCACGGGUGAAACUUUAUAAGAGUAAAGCAGCGGAGCACGGGGCUACAGUUGUGAGUGACGAAAAAUUGGCCACACACGUAGUCGUGGGGGAGUCGCUGGACGGAUACCGUAUUUCUAAAAUUGUGGACUCAGCAAACUUGCCUACAUCCGUGAAAAUCGUAAAAUGCACGUGGUUAAGCGAGUGCUUGAAAAGCAGAUCGUUGCUCGAAACAACAACGUACGAGCUGCACUGCACGCCAUCGCCGAGUGCUUCCACUAUGUUCUGCCAAGAUUCUAACGGUGCCCCUUCUAAGCGGGCAAGACUUUCUCGUGAGCUUGCAGAUAGCGCACCUCAGCCUGGUGGCUCCCGGAGCGCCGAAUCCUCGAUACUGCAGAAAACAGUAGCUUCGGACAAGUGGGUGUGCGCAGUUGCUUCCACCGACAUUCCUGUGAACAAGAAUUCCCACAUAACUGACCAAUUGGAGGCCAUGGUUGAAACCUACCAAAGCACUAAAGACCACUGGAGAGCCCUUGGUUAUGAAAAAGCCGUCAUGCAGCUCAAGCGACAUUCUACAGAAAUCACGACAUGGGAGGAAGCAAGGGCCCUGCCUAACGUUGGGAAAAGGUUGGCAGACAAGAUUUGGGAGAUUGUUCAGCAGGGCAGGCUCCAAAAACUGGAGGAAUUCCAAAGCCAGGAGCAUCUUGUUGCACAGAACCUGUUCACAAAAAUAUGGGGUGCUGGGCCAUCAACAGCACAAAAGUGGGUUCAGCAGGGUUUUCGUUCACUGGAAGAACUUGCUGCCAAGGGAAAUCUGAGUAGCCAACAGAAGAUUGGGCUCAAGCACUUCCAUGACUUCCUUGACAAGAUGCCAUAUGCUGAAGCUGGGCUGAUUGCAGACACAGUGAAGACAGCUGCCCUGUCGAUCCAGCCUGGACUCGAGGUGAUUCCAUGUGGUUCCUAUCGCAGAGGCAGAGCCAUGUGUGGUGAUGUUGACGUCCUGAUCACACACCCUGACGGCAAGUCUCAUGAGGGUGUGCUCUGCAAGAUUCUUCAGAUCCUUCACGAAAGCAACUUUCUAACUGACGACCUCGCUGUACCACAUGAGGUUGGCAGUCCCAGGAAGUACAUGGGUGUUUGCAGGAUACCAGAAGAAGGCAGUAAGCAUCGUCGGCUGGACAUUUUUGUGGUUCCCCAGGAGGAAUUUGCCUGUUCUCUGCUAGCCUUCACUGGUUCUGCCCAUUUUAAUCGUUCCAUGCGCCUCCUGGCACGUCGCAAGGGCAUGUCCCUCAAUGACCAUGGCCUUUAUGCAGAUGUUUGCAGAACGGGGGAAGAGAAGAUAGGCCACGGAAAACGACUUCCCACGCCAACAGAGGAAUCUAUUUUCGAACACCUUGGGCUUGAAUACCGACCUCCUGAAGAGCGAGACCACUAGCUAUGUAGUUUUAUAGAGUUUAUGUCUUUAAAAUUUAUAAUGUAUUCACUUUUAGAUGUAUAUUCUUGGAAGUGAAUUUCUGAAAGAAUGUGUGAUUUGUUUAUCAAUGAGCCUCUAUAAAAUACAAGAUUUUAUAUAUCAUGUAUUGGGAGAGCAUGCCAAUAUAUGCAUCUGUCAGUAGAUGGUGAAGUUCAGUCGGACAGGUAUUGUUUAGAAGACAACACUUGAAUGAACACGUUUGUGCUAUUGCAUUACACUUAAUGCAAUGAUAGCAUGUAAAAUGCCAAAUGAAUGUGAAGAUGCAUGAUCCCAGCAUGGUGAGAAAAGAUUUACUGGGUGUUGCAGUAAUUUCUAUUCACUUGUAUUGAGUCUUUCUUGCGCAUGUGUAUGUGUGCAUGUGAGUGAGUGACCAAAUGAGCGUGUGCCUGCUUGAAUGCAUGGCAGCAUGGUACACGUCUAUGUGUAUCAGACUGCACCACAGGGGUAGGUAUUCUGUAAUUGUCCACCUAGUGGACAUCACCAUUUCCUCUGCAGCUGAAAUUCUGUUUAGCUGGGCUGAUUGGCUGGGCAUGAGAAAGAGACAGGUGCCCCCAGCCAAUCAGCACUUCAGAAUCUGACGAAAUGGAUAUCUCCACUUGGUGAACAUUUAGAGAGAGCACCCAUCUGGAAACAGCCAUCUGGCACAUCUCCUGAUGCAUGCUCACAGAAAAUAUUGCACUUGCUAAUUUCACAUCCCAAUCACAUCCGUGAUGGGGCAUUUUUCGGACCUUGCCAAUAAGGGGGUCGCUUGGAAGUCCACUGACGUCUCCAUUGGGAUGUGUGGAUCUUUUUGGAACGUCCAUAGGACUUUUUAUGAUCCUAUUGCGCCCUGCAGGCAGUGCCGUAUGCUGUAGGUGAGGGGGUGAACGGGAGGCAGGCUAUAGUGCGUAUCUCGAAUUCUAGCCCGACCGUUGCAGCACAUGGCAUGCUUGAGCGGGCCCCCCGAGGAAUAAUUCUAAUAGAAAUAUUUUAUUGGUUUCAUCUAAUUGGAUUAUAAAACAAUAGACCUGAUACACUAAUAAAACUUAUAGCCUGUAUUGGUCUAUUCAACUAUAAAAUAGUAUGCCUGAUACACUGGUAAAACUGAUAAGCCUGUAUUUGGUCUAUUAGCUUACAGGUGUAUUGGUGUAGAUAGUAGCACUGUGUACCAAAGUGGUUUGAUCUACAAAGGUACAUUAAUUGCAUGUUCAUUCUGAGGCGAAUCUUUCUAGGUGAACCCGCCCAGACUUUGCUGAUUGUGGUUGCUGCUGCUGCCUUGCCAAAAAUCUCACACACAGGACAGCACUUACACAAUGAAUCGUGGUCUAUAUAUAUAGCCCCAUCUGUGCUACCCCUACAGAUGUGCUGGCAGCCAGCUCUGAUCUCUACGAAAUUACGCAGUGAAACAACAAAUUGUACCUAAAUAUUCCGAGUGCAACAAAUAAACAACUUGGAACGCAUAAACCCUUUAUUAAAACGACGCCUUUUCUGCCGUCAUUCUCGAUGUUUGGCGUGUCUGCUUUGUCAACUUCUUGCCAAGCUUACAAGUUAUAUCAUGACCACUACGAAUUCUAUUGAAUCUAUUGGGAUCUAUAAAUCAUUUUAUUUGUCCAAUACAGUUAAGUUUAUAUCACUACUGCUAUUGCUUUAAUUGGGACCCAUAAAGCAUUUUAUUUGUCUUAUAGAACACUAUUGCCCUGAUACAG